AUGAUACUUGAAUGGCCUGUCUUCACUCGUCGUGCAGGCCCCAGCAUUGUGUCCAUCCGUUUCUGUCUCUCGCUAACGUUACCCACGAUGUUGAUAUUGAACUGCGGCGGCGACAUUCGCGAGGUCCAAAUCCAUUGCUCGUUACCAGCUAAGAAUUCAGAUGGUCCAUCCGUGCAACGAACACGUCAGCCCAUCUGGUCGCUGGCCUUCGUUGAAGACGUUUUGAUUCGCGAGGGAUCUAUUCCAGACUGUCGUCUGCACUUCUCAUUAUAUGACCAGCCCAUUUAUGUUUUGCUCUAA